GCCAGCUCCAGGAUUCCAGCUCAUUGUCAGCAGUGCCUAGAUUACCACCUCAACACUUUCAAACACCCUCACCACUUGGCUUUUGCGCUCGCACAAAGCCCGAUAGCCUCGACGAGCUUCUUGGUUGUCAACUCUGCCCGUCCCAUUGUAUUGUACGAGUCCUCGAGUUCAAACGUUGCGACAGAAGAAGUAUCCAAGCAAUCAACCAUUCGAAGCUCAGCUUGAUCUCCACCAUGUCGGCCGAGCCAGUCGUGGCCACCAGUGCGCCAGAGCACGACGCGCAGGAAGAUGCCCCAAGCAACCCGACACUCAGCGAGCAUUGCACCUCCGACCGGCCCACCCCUGCUGGAGAAGCUCCCAAGGGCGAGAUGCGCAAGUUGGGAGGCGUUGAUGUUUAUCUCGCGAAACCGGAGUCGUAUCCCUCCGACCCAUGCAAGCUCCUUCUCCUUCUUACAGGCGGCACAGGCCUGCAAUCGCAGAACAACCAGAUCCAAGCCGACAAAUUCGCGGCUGAGGGCUUCGUUGUGAUCAUGCCAGAUCUCUUCGAAGGCGAUCCGGCUCCCAAUCAGUCCGCGAAGCUGCCCGAACCAGGGGCUGUCGAAGGAGAGACACAAGACGAGAUUGCUGGGAGCUUCCUGGAGCAGUUCAAGCUCAAGAUUGGAGAGACGGCCAAGUCAUUCCUCAUCGACAUGUGGCUUGCGCGGCACACAGAGGAGAAGGUGAUGCCGAUACUCGAGAAGGUCAUUCAGGCUGCGCAAGGUGAGUUCGCUGAUGCAAUUGGCCACGGAGGUGGCAUCUAUGGCGUGGGGUACUGCUUCGGCGGUCGGUAUAUCCUGCUGCUGGCCAGCGAGCGCAGUCCGAGCCAGACUGGUUGGACUGGUGCGCAGAAGCCUGCAGACGAGGAGGCGGGUCAAAGCAAGGAGGGCCCGUUGAUCAAGGCCGGAGCGCUUGCACAUGCAACACUUGUAUCUCCCGAGGACUUCAACGGUCUCAAGUCGCCCAUCAGUCUCGUGUGUGUAGAGAGCGAUCCCAUGUUCCCGGACGAGGUCAGGACCGUCGGCGAAGACACCAUGAACAAGACUGGAGUCGAGCAUGAGGUUCGAGUUUACCCGGGCGUACCGCAUGGUUUCGCCGUCUAUGGCGACUAUGUCGAGGCGCACAUCAAGGAGGCGCAGGUCACUGCCCAUGAGCAGAUGCUCCAAUGGAUCAAGGAACAUUAACUGGUCUGCUGGAUGGAGGAAUUGCCCGUUUCUGCAACGUUGUGCCAGCCAUUGUGGAGUUUUGCUUUCUUGGAGGCCAGCAAGCCCGCGCGAUGAUAUUUUUCAAGGCGGCCUGUGCCUCUGUUAUCAAUAUCCCCUCGUAGUCAAAUGGUAUUUCUCCACGAAGUCGAGGCGUGACAUCAGAUCGGACCUCGACCUAUAACUAUGUCCGCCCAGGUGGGCCGUUGCCGCAGUGGGGCCUCCGCUUCCACCCCCACGAGUAACUCUCGCCGAAUUGCACUCGCCUGGGGCUUCGGCAACGGCUCAAUAGCCGCCGACGCCGAUAUAGGCGGUC